UUUUGCUUUAGCCGCCCAUUAUCCACUAUAUAUCUCUCCCUAACCGCCCUCUCCCCCUUCUGUUUUCCUCCGGUUCUGUUUAAUUCUUGCCACUUUUAGAUCCACCAGGCCAGUACCAACACAUCUGACCGCAUUCUCAAUCUUAUCUUACAUUUCAGCGGCCCUUACCCCUAACAUUCCUUCCGUAAUAUCCCGAAUGAAGUUUUCAUUGUGUUACCUCAUUCCCACCUUGAGCAUAUUGCUUGCCGUUCGGGCACACGACGAUGAUGAAAACGGCAUGGCCGGCAUGGACAUGGCUACCGAAACCACUGUCGCCGCUGCUAUUGCCACCCAAAAUGCCACUGCUCUCAAACCGGUACCGCAUAGAGAGAUGCACCACCACGGGGUGCCAAUCUUGCAAACCAAUUUGAAGCCUGAAGAGAGGUUGUAUUGGGAGGCCUACAACACCACCACCUACCUUACCAUUGAGACACCGCACAAAAGCUCCCUCUACAUCCACAUGGCUUCUAUCUUCAUCCUUGCCGUCUUUAUGCAGCCAAUUGCGUUGGUUUUGCAUAAUGUCCUGUCUAACUGGUACUUGCCGGUUGCAUUGGCUAACUUGGGCCUUUUGACCUUCUCUAUGGUCAACUUGGGGAUCUUCAGCGGCAGUGUUCCGGAAUUGUACCCUAACAACGCCUACACCAAGAUCACAUGGGUCAUUAUUGUUAUGGGCUACUUACACUUUGGCUUUGCCGUCAUCCACUACGCGGCCAAGUGGUGCAACGGUGACUCCACCAUGCCCCCCUUCAAGAAGUACGAGUUUGUCCCCUUGGCAUCCUUCAACGAACAGGAGGGCGAAAUGCCAGGUACCCCAACCUCCCACUCCUCCACCCUUUUUGAGGCCAACUCCCCAAGCGAGUCGUUCGAGUUGGAAAAUGACGAGAAUAUGCAAAGUUUUGCCGCCCCUAAGAAAACCAGGGUUCUGACUUUCCGCGACAACUUGUUUUCCAAACUAUUUCAGAGCCCUGCUAUGCAGAAGCUUGUAAACUUGUUCGGUACUUUCGGGUCUAUUGGCUUUAAUGCCCUCAACUACCCAUGUUGGAUGAUCAUGUUUGUAUACAUUCCUACCGGGCUUGCGACCGUUGGCUGUUUGGGUAUGGGGAACAAAAUUUUCAACAUUUUGGCGCACUUCAUCAAGGGUGGGGUAUUUUUUGCCUUGGGAGUCUUAUCCUUGGCGAGAUACUCCGGAGCCUUUACCAACAAGGGUUGGGCCUGGAACCAGCGCACUAUCACCAGCAGAAGCACCGCCUGGGAACGCAUUCAGCCAAAGGGUUUGAUCACCAUGGAGAUGAUUGAGAGCAGUUUGAUCUUGUUCUAUGGUGCCACCAACGUGUUCAUGGAGCACUUGGCUUCUCCUGGUGGUGCUUGGUCCCCUAAGGACUUGCAGCAUGUGUCCAUUGCCUUCUUGUACAUUGGAGGUGGUUUGUGCGGUGUUAUCACCGAGGUGAAGCUCUCCCAGUGGCGCUACGAAACCUUUAUGAAAAACAACCACUUUUUGAACAAUGACGAGAACGGUGCUUCGCACAUUACCGGCGGUUGUGUCGGCUACUCCCCCAACCCAUUCCCGAGCUUUACCAUCUUCUGGACCGGGAUUUUGAUGAGCAAGCAUGCCCAGGCGUCCCAGCUCGCUACUGAAAUACACGUACAAUGGGGUACAUUGUUGAGCUAUGGUUCCUUCUUCCGGUUAUUCACCAUUCUCAUCAUGUACUUGAAGCCUACAGAAUCCAGAAACUUCAAGCCAUCCAGGCCAAUGACCGAGUUGAUCACUUCUUUUACGCUUUUGGCUGGUGGGGUCAUUUUCAUGGAGUCUACCGAUCCGGUUGUGUUGGCUAUGGAGUACAAAGGCUUGACUGCAAUGUUUACCUUGAAUGUGAGUAUUGGUUGCGUCGCUUUGUUGAUGGCCUGGGAGAUGUCUCUUUUUGCCUUCAAGGACUGGAUGGUGGAGCGUAGGAAGAAAAACGAGCUGCACAUCUCCGCGCAAACCGCCUAACCGCCUUUCCUGGCCCUUACAAUAAUAUCGGGCCAUGACCGUCUUUACUAUGCUGUUCAUCAUUUGCUAUCGCUUUUUGCCGCGCACUUUAAUACUUUCAUGUGCUGUUGAGCUAAGCCCCUUAAUUUACAUCUAAUACCAUUAAUGACGAAAAGACCAAAACCCACGCUUGAAGUCCAUCUAAAUGACACUUGAGCUGUAAGUUUGAAUUCAAUCAGGCGGCCGUAACAAGUAUAGGUCCUAAGUAACAAUACGUCUAGGGUUUUUGUCAACACUAAGGUUCAGGUGUAGGAAGAAA